UGUGGAGCAUUCGGUCGAUUUUGAUUGUCGUAGCGUGCUUACAUUAAUACGUUCUGUUACAUUCUACGGGUUGCUCGCCGUUGUGCAUUGUUGUGUUUGUAAAUUUCGUCAGCAAAUAGUUGGGAAAUAUGGUACCCCUCGGUCCAUCGCCGGGACAUCAAACGUCCGUGAAUAAUUCUUCCAGCGCGGCUGCCAGCGGGACGAAAAAUGCGAUAGUGAAAUCAAAUUAUACGCUGAAGUAUACCUUGGCGGGUCAUACUAAGGCAGUGUCAUCCGUUAAAUUCAGUCCCAAUGGAGAAUGGUUGGCUAGCUCAGCUGCUGAUAAGCUUAUCAAAAUUUGGGGUUCUUAUGAUGGAAAGUUCGAGAAGACUAUAGCUGGUCAUAAGCUGGGUAUUUCUGAUGUAGCAUGGUCUAGUGAUAGUAGAUUGCUGGUAUCAGCUUCUGAUGAUAAGACCUUAAAAAUAUGGGAAUUAAGUUCUGGUAAAUGUUUAAAAACAUUAAAGGGUCACAGUAAUUACGUUUUCUGUUGUAAUUUUAACCCACAAUCCAACCUCAUAGUCUCUGGUUCUUUUGACGAAAGUGUGCGUAUUUGGGAUGUGAGAAGUGGAAAAUGCCUUAAAACCUUGCCGGCACAUUCAGAUCCUGUAAGCGCAGUGCAUUUCAAUAGGGAUGGCUCUUUAAUAGUCUCAAGUAGUUACGAUGGAUUGUGUCGAAUUUGGGACACCGCGUCAGGACAGUGUCUAAAAACUCUAAUAGACGACGACAAUCCUCCAGUAUCAUUUGUCAAAUUUUCGCCGAAUGGCAAGUACAUCUUGGCAGCAACACUGGACAACACAUUGAAGCUGUGGGAUUAUAGUAAAGGAAAAUGCCUGAAAACGUAUAGCGGUCACAAAAAUGAGAAAUAUUGCAUCUUCGCGAACUUCUCUGUAACAGGUGGAAAGUGGAUUGUAUCCGGCUCUGAAGAUCAUAUGGUAUACAUUUGGAAUUUACAGACGAAAGAGAUCGUACAAAAGCUACAAGGACACACAGAUGUAGUACUUUGCACAACAUGUCAUCCGACGGACAACAUUAUAGCUUCGGCUGCUCUUGAGAAUGAUAAAACUAUCAAACUAUGGAAGAGCGAUACAUAAGAAUAAUUUGUAAAGUUAUUCGCUGUUAUUAUUUGCUGUACAAAUCUGUGUUUUUAUGUUGAAGGAAAGAAUGAUGACAUUAUAA